UUUGUUUAUGUUAUGUUGUUGAAAAUAGAAAGUAGUGAAUUUUUCAAAAAUCUGUUAUUAUAUAAAUACAGUAAGAAUCAAUUGGAGUUAUGCUGGGAGUGUCGAGCUCUGUUGAAGAGGUUUCUGAGGUUCAAGCUUCAAGUUCGACAAGCACGAAAUGUUCUAGACUAUUAUGCGGCUCCUCAUACAAUAUUGUAUUCGUUAUCAAGUCUUCAGACAACGCAGUGCAAGUAUGAAAAAGUAUGCAGUGUAGAGUGCACACAAGAGACCUCAUCGUUAGCCUCUGUUAAGAUUGAGGUUGAUAAAGACGUACAGGAUUUUACUGCGGAGAACUUAUUUCAUAAUGACGGCAAUAAUAAGGAAGUUUUGUUAAACGCUUCACACUCGCUUAGCACUGAGAUAGAUCUAAAGAUAGAUACAAUUGAAAAUGAAACAAUAGGAAAUGAGAAUGACACUGAAGACCGAUUCGACUGUGCAGAUCACGAGCCACUGCACAUCAUCAAAGAUAAUAAGAGAACGUCCAAGAUAAAGAGGAGAGAAACUGAUAGUGAGAUUGAAAACCAGGAGAUUGAAAUUGACGUGCAGAGCGACGUAGAGGAAGCUUUUGUAGACCAAGAGAGAGAACCCGCAACUAGCGAAAACGAACACUUGGCCGAAGAAAAUGUUGAACAACCGGUUUCUUCGCUGACUUCUCGUCGAACAAAAACUUUGCCGCAGAAGAUAUAA